AUGGGAAAAGAAAUUUGCCGCAAGUUUUGCAAACAAUUGAAGUUGGAAGUUGCGUGUUUUAUUCCUUUCCUUCUGAGAUUCUGGUUGUUGUUUGUUAUUAACGUACAAUCGUUUGGAGAGGAGAUUAAAGAGAUCAGCUUUUGUUAUGAUGGAUCGAAGGAAGGUGGGUUUCGAAAACAUAAAUAUAACUGGAAAGCUACCUCCAAACGAAAAUUUGAAGCCAAACUUGAAGGUCAGCCCCAAGCAGUCUUGCUGCAUGGGAAGCGAGGGAAGAGCACGCACUAACGCAUGCGAAGAGCACAGUCAGUCCGUCAACAUGAAUAUAUAUUCUUGAAAACCAGUUUGAAAUUUACAAACAAAAGAUUUAACAGCGCUGAAAACGUUCUAUUAAUGCAUUAUAUUAUAAAACUCUUUUGUAUAGAUUUUACUUUUAGUAUAGUUCCUUAUUAAAACGGCAUGCUCGCUCCCUGCAAGGGUCUCGGCGUGAGAGAAUCGCGUGUUUGGGGGUCAGAUUUGACCUCAAGAAAAAGGUAGCGUUCCAGUUAUAUUUAUUUCAUGCUUUUUUAUACCCUCUGCAUUUUCAUCAUUCUAAAGGUUACCGUUUGAAAAGUGAGGUGAUAAAAUAUAUUCAAGCUAAGUCUGGAUUGGAGUGUAUCUACUUUUGUAUGAUUAAAGACGAAUCGUGUAGAUCUAUCAACUUCAGAAAAAGCCCAAUUUCUGACGAAAAUUGUGAAUUACUCAAAACCGUUGACUAUGAAGAACCGGCACAGAGCUUGAAGAAAGAUGAAAAUUAUGAUUACUACAUACUUCUUCAACCCAAAAGGGUGAGUAUAUAUGAAUAGUUUGACUCCUCCCAGAGGACCAACCUCGUUCCCAGGGUCUUUCUUAGAACGGCGCGAGGCGAAGGAAAGUUCCUGGUUUCAGCUAGUCACGUGUCACCCAGAUUCUGGGUGAUAAAUUAAAUGAUACUAUGGGCAGGGUGGGAGAGGAGCGUGUUUGUCGCGUUUGUAACAAUAUUUGCAAUUUUGUGUGAUGAAAUUUAAAUUUGCAACAAGAAAUCGUGAAGAGAACUGCAAUUAAAAAUUAAUAUUUAUCGUCAUGUGACUUUCUGCCCUAUAAUCUAGUGUCGAGUUACAAUUCAAGCAAGUUGGAUCAGAUUUCAACUUACAAAGAAAGCACGCCUAGGCGGCGUGGCAAUAAGCCUACAAGAAAAUUCAUAUCUCUAGACCGACCAAUGUGGUUUAUAUUUAUUUAACUGUUAGUAUUAAAGUAUAUCCUGAUACUCGGAGCAAAAGAAUAUAUUUAUUGAUGAGAUGUGGAAUUGAAACGAAAUAGCGAGAUCUUUUGAUUUCCGAAAUAUCGCCAAGACGGCAGCUGUGUCGAGAUUGUUGAUUAUAAAGGCCUUAUCACAAAACUUAAAUCCCGUCAAAAGACUAUAAAAUUUCCUGCAAGAUCUCAACGAUCAUGGUAUAUGUCAAAGUCUAGCUGUCUGUUGAAAAUCUACGGUAUUACAGUAAAGUCAUACAUCAAAGAUAAGUCAAACGACAAUAUAUUUGUCUUACUGUUUACUACUGUGUUUAUAGCCUACCACAUUUAUAAAUUUUAUAAACAGCUUUCGUUUUGACACAAACUGUGUUUAUACCAUAUUUAUAAAUUUUAUAAACAGCUUUCGUUUUGACACAAGCUUUAAUUUUCUGCUUUAUAUAUAUUCUUAAUAAUACAAGUGAGAUUUAACUUUUUUGCUUUGUGAAAUAGAAUACCGUUAUUUUUUAAUGGACAGCUUGUAUCGUCUCUAUCAUAUCCAGGAUUGAUUGUGUGUAAAUAGCCUACAUGUAUCACUAUAUAUGCCACUAUCCAAUAAAUAUAGAAAUAUAAAUGAACUUAUUGAACGAGAAAUAAACAGGUGAUUGAGACACAAUGAAAACUGUUAGUAGCCUUAGUAGAAGUAGAAAACUCGAAAAUUUAUGUGUAUUCGUAUGGCAGUCUGCGCGCGUCUGACACUGUAAAUUUGUGAUGUAGAUUAUAGCCUAGUUGUGUGCAUAUUAGGAAAACAUUAUCUGACCAAGAAAAAGGCUAAAGCCUUACUAUAAUUAAUGAAUACGAAUUAUGUACUAAAUCCAAAAUUUUAAAGAUAAAUCACUGACAGACAUUUCUCUGUUUGUUUACAUUUGCUGAUAAUGGGCUCUACUUUCUAGUCCUAGACAAUAAAAUACAAUACUGUUUCUUUUAAAAAUCUUAUAAACAAGACGUGCAAAGCAUAGCAACGUUUACAAAAUUAAGACAAAUCUAAUGCGUGUUUUAAAAACAUUACAUAUGUAGAAUGCUGACCACUGAAAAGCCCAUAAACGUUUGUUAUAAAACCGCGCUCGAGUGUCAAGAGAGCCGGCAUUGAAUAAUAAUAACACGAGAGAGCACUACGAGUAACGAUUUACUUGGUUUCUUGACCUGAUUGUUGGUAAAAAUGUAGGAAUGUUCUUGUAAAUUCAAAGCAAAUAAAAUAAACAAAAAUUAGCAAGUAUUUUGAACUUACUGGUAAUUGUUCGCAAAAUUUGUGUUUUUAACUGUUUGUAAUUUGAUGCUUUCACCACACCCCCUCGGGCAAUCAAUUUUGGACGAGGCACGUGACCAGCCGAUUCCAGGGUCUUUCCUAGUUGAUUCAAACUCAGCCCCCUUUUGAAAAUCUGUAUAAAGUUUCAAGCAAGUAAAUAAUUAGAUUGGUUUGACAAUGACCUUGAAAUAGAGUCGAAAUAUCACCGCAAUAGAUCGUGCCAUUAUUAUUUGGAGUAUUUUUUUUUAUAUUUCUUAAAAUUGUCUGCUUUUAAGAAUUUCAAGAGGAGGAAGUGCAUAUAAAAUACGGCUUUGUUUAGCACUGAUGAAUUUCCAUGGCGAUUAAUUUAAGUUACGGCACGGCACUAGUUGUGAUUUUCUUUAAUUCACAAUCUUGAACAAAAUGCUUCAGAGCAUCGUACGAAAUAUUAAUAAGAUAAAAUAUAUCGACAAGUUAAAUUUGAUAUCUCUCUUACAUUUGAAUGUUGCGAACAGCCUCGUAACAACUUUUAGUAAUUUAUCAUGACAUAAAAUCGACAAUGAGUUGUGGAGCUGACGUUUGGAUUGAGCAAUUAACCUUUUUGGUAAAGGCGUUUUCCCACAGUGGUAUGCGAAUUUUGUACAAAAGAAAUUGAAAGUUGUCUCAACUGGUUCUGUCCAAAAUUGUCGAAUAAUCAGUAGGUAGUUAUAAUUCGACGCCACCAAAUGUAUCAGCAUAAUUAAACAUUAUUCCUAUAAUCCUAAUUAUGUUAAUAUUUGGAUAAUACUUGGUAUUGUGGCAAAAUGCAUAAUCUCUUUUUAUGUCUAGAAAACGCCAGAUCCUAUUCCAUCAAACGCUCCGGCUGAAAUAACACAACAGUUACCAAGAA